UGGCACAUACGUAAAAAACAACAAUCGAGUUAUUGAUAUUCGCAAAGCGUGGGGUUAUUAAUUUUUAGAUUUAUACUCUCUGCGUACAGUGGUGUGUGUCUGAAAAUUUAAAUAUGGAAACAAAAACUUCAGUUACAGUUUUAGAUAAAUAUAAAGAUGGAAUAAAUGUUGAGGCGGAAACAGCAAAUUGCGGAAGAUCUCUUUUUGUCACUAAUGAUGUUACGGAAGAUCAAAAUGCAGUAACGACAGGGGACACAAAUGAGAAGAAACAUGAAGGAGACAAUAGUCAUCUAAAAAGAGAUCACUGGUCAAGUGAUCUGGACUUCCUAUUGUCUUGUGUUGGCCUGUCUGUUGGACUUGGAAACAUCUGGCGAUUUCCAUACCUGUGUUACAAGAACGGCGGAGGAGCAUUUCUGAUUCCCUACAUGAUAUGUUUAUUCACAUCUGGGAUACCUAUGUUUAUGAUGGAACUGGCGAUUGGACAGUAUAUGAACAUUGGAAGCCUAGAAGCAUGGGCAAGGAUUGCCCCUGCAUUCAAAGGUAUAGGAAUAGCAUCCAUUGCCGUGAUAUUCCAGGGCAACCUCUACUACAUUGUAAUUCUUGCUUGGGCACUGUAUUAUCUCUACAUGUCUUUUACUAUAGUACUUCCUUGGUCGCACUGUAACAAUGAGUGGAAUACAGACCGCUGUUUCGCUGGUAAAUCGUCAACGUCAGUUAAAAACCUAUCUACAGAGAUGUUUGGAAAUACCUCGUACACGGCUAGUCUUACAAAUGCAAGCGCCAUCAUCAAUGAAACAACAACAAAUGCAACACACACAGAGGCGAUGAACACAACCGUAGACCCAGCCAUUGAAUUCUGGGAGAGAAAAAUUUUGCACAUAUCUAACGGAAUCGAGGAACCUGGCAGUGUGGUGUGGGAACUAGCUUUGUCUCUAUUGGUUGUAUGGAUAUUGGUGUAUUUCUGUGUGUGGAGAGGCGUCAAAUGGUCUGGAAAGGUUGUAUACUUUACAGCACUGUUUCCGUACGUUAUUCUUACAAUCCUGUUAAUCCGGGGUGUGACACUAGAUGGCGCUGUAGACGGUAUCUGUUUCUAUCUGAAACCAGACUUCUCCAGAUUAGCUGAUCCACAGGUGUGGAUAGAUGGUGGCACUCAAGUUUUGAAUUCAUUUGACCUUGCUUUCGGUGCUAUCAUUACUCUUGGCAGCUAUAGUAAAUUCAACAAUAACUUCUAUAGAGAUGCAUUUAUUAUAACAAGUAUAAACUGCGGUACAAGUCUGUAUGCCGGAUUUGCUGUAUUUUCCAUCCUUGGUUUCAUGGCUAAGGAACAGAACGUUACAGUAGCUGAAGUAGCGACCUCAGGACCUGGUUUAAUAUUUCUAACGUAUCCAAAGGCAAUCACCCAACUUCCAGGAUCUCCGGUCUGGGCAGUUUUAUUCUUUAUAAUGGUAAUAUUUGUUGGACUUGAUAGCCAGUUUGUUGCAGUUGAGGGUUUCCUGACACCAGUUUUCGACGGUUUUCCACAGGUAUUGCAUGGCAUGAGGACCAGAAUGGCCGUGACUGCAGUAUACUGUGCUGUAUCGUUCUUCCUUGGAUUGUGCAUUGUCACAGAGGGCGGAAUGUACGUCUUUCAACUUUUUGACUUCUAUAGUUGUAGCGGACUCGUCUUAUUGUGGAUUGUCUUUUUUGAAGCCGUCGUUGUCACCUGGGUUUUUGGAUCGUCAAAAUUCCAGGAUGCAGUAGAGCUGAUGAUAGGGAGGCGGUUACCGUAUUAUUUCGUCCUCUGUUGGAAAUUCGUUACACCAGCUGUCUCCUUAGGCAUAUUUCUGUUUAUGGUGUUUGACUUUGUGCCAUUAAAAUACGGCAAGGAUUAUGUGUAUCCGGGCUGGGCCCAGGGUAUCGGUGUGUGUUUGGGAUUAGUACCAAUGGUGUGCAUACCUCUGGCGUUCGUACAUACCAUUUACAAAGCCAAAGGCACGUUAUGGCAACGCUGGCAAACAGUAACAAAACCGGCGCUACAAAGUCACCAGAUAAAACACCGUAUAUUAGCCAGUGAAGAAGCUAAAAAGGUCAGUAAAGAUGCGCACGAGGAAUCAGCAACGCUCGUUUGAACCAAGGAGCACAUUGAGCACACAGGACAAGAUGCUUGCUGUGUACAUGGACUAUUGCAGUGUUUUCGUGCUACACUUGAAUGCUGUGUUCAUGUAAAUUUGUACACUUUGUUAACUUUAUAGACAAAAUGUUGCCCUCAAGAAUGGUUAAGGCAAGCAUAUUCAAUUGUUGUAGCUAUUUGUCAGAUGUAAUACAUGUGUUAUAACGUGCAUAAAUAUGCAUCAAUGAAUUGCCAAAAUAUAUUCUAAAGGCAUAAGAGGCAUUGUGUCAUUGUAAGAAGUACUUUUGGUGUGUUUACUUUAUCGUACAUGUAAAUAUUGUAAAAACUAAUUAAUAGUGUCAAAAUGACGAAACUAGACAAACCCAAAUUGCAAGUAGCUGAUGACUUCCUAACCUAGAACAAUUAUAGGCGACAAUUCCUCACUCAAGUCGAGCAUCUUUUUCAGGGGACUGAGCCUGUCCUCUCCCUACUGGCCAUGGAAAGCAAGCAAAAGAAGGCGUAUUCUCGUAAUCCAAGGACGGAAUGAAAAAACUGAAAUAUUUUAUUGGUAGAAACAAUCUCCCGUGAAUAUACAGUGAUGGCACAAAAUGUUUUGUUCUGUCUCUAAUUAGUUUGCAAUUCAAUUUUAAUGAAUUACUCAUUUUGAGUUUCCUAUAACGAGAGAAUUUGAAAAUUGUUGCCAUGUUAUAUGAUUGUUUCCAUACAGUCGAAAAUACUGUUCUGUGAAAAAAAUUGCAUAUCAUUUUACUACACAUGCCAUUUAAUUGUACCGGAUCUAUUUCCUGUCUGUACCUUUUGAUACUAUAAUUAUUUAACUUUAAGUUGAAGUAAUCCAAUCAAGCCAAAUCGUAUCUGCUGAUAAUGCCAAUGAAAGAAAAUAAAACAUCAAUUCAACAUCAUUUGUUUUCUUCCAGAAAUAAAGAAUCGUGUAAAAAUAUACUUCGGAGGGGACGAAAUGCUUAAAGCAGCUGAGUUUAUAUGAAAAACCAUAGUUAAGCGAUUUAUAAUGGUAAAAAAGGUUUAAAAAUCGGACCACUAUUGAACACAAUAUGGUUGUAUGAAAUUUAAGAAGGAUGUGGCAAUUUUGGUUUGUCUAGCUUCUUUAUUUUGACACUACUAAAUUAUUAAUACAUUGAAAUAAAUUAUUUUAUGCAGUUUCCCGAGUUUACGAUGUUGGAAAUGUACAGAAUUAUGAAUAUACAGUUCAAAUAAUUAUUUAAAACAAAUAUAUUCUUCAUUUGUUUUACGUUGCCAUGAAAACGAAAUGACUGCCAUUUUGAUAAAAUACUAAAAGGUUAAUUCAUAAUCUUCUCACCUUUAAGCCGGAUAUGUAUUCUUUAGAUACAAAUGUAUAUCCGUAUUUAUUUUUUUGUAAAAGAAAAUUGUAAUUUUACAGUAUAUCCCCAUUUUUUGUAUAUAUGGAAAAUAGAUAACAAAAGACCAUGUAUAAACAUAUAUGAGCCGCGCCAUGAGAAAACCAACAUAGUGGGUAUGCGACC